GAAAAGGACGUGAGGAUGCAGUCCAGUUUCUAAAUUAGAGAAAAAAAAUAAAAAAAAAGAACAACAUCUCACCCCCAAACAGGAGCAUCAGAUCUUCGCCUCCGGCUCGCUUCAUAUUUGAUUCAUGACUUCCAAUUGACUACUCCCUCUAUGAGCGCACAGAGUAAGAAGUGCAAAAGAGAAACCAAAAAUAAAUAAUUAAAUAAUAAUUUUUUUUUCUCCUCUAAGCAAUGUUGAGAAGAGAACCAUUUCUCUGCAAACUCAUCUUUUUGCUCUUCUGUUUCGCUUCGCUCUCACUCGCUGACGAACUCAACAAGUCACAUCGGCUCGAGUUCACCGCUAACACUUCAAUCUCUAACACCUCUCUCUCUGAACCUAGAGAAGGCAGCAGCUUCGCUGAUAUCAUCGAUAAAGCUCUCGAGAAAGAGUUCACUGAAAAUGACCAAAACGAAGCAACUGAUGCUGGAAGCUUCAACAACAGCGUCGCAGAACAGCAGGCAGUUUUGGAAACUGUUGCUAGAGUUAAAUCGAAGAAAAAUGACUCAAAAGAGGAAAAGUUGUUUAAAUUUCAACAUGUUUUCAAUUUGGACAAUGAUAAUGGAGCAGAAGAUACCCCAACACUGAUUGAUCGAAAGGAUAAUGUCUUCAUUAUAUCCAAUUUUAAAUCAAAAUAUCCAGUGCUGCAGCUAGACUUGCGAUUGAUAUCAGAUUUGGUUGUCGUCAUUGUAUCUGCAACUUGCGGUGGCAUUGCAUUUGCUUGUGCUGGACAACCGGUCAUUACUGGAUACUUGCUAGCAGGAUCUGUUAUUGGUCCUGGAGGGUUCAACUUUGUCAGUGAAAUGGUUCAAGUUGAGACGGUGGCUCAGUUUGGUGUAAUUUUUCUUCUUUUUGCCUUGGGCCUGGAGUUCUCGACAACAAAGCUUCGAAUUGUCCGAGCAGUUGCUGUUGUAGGCGGCCUGCUUGAAAUUAUUUUAUUCAUGUUCUUAUGUGGCAUUACAGCCAUGUUAUGUGGUGGUAAGUCUUCUGAGGGUGUGUUUGUUGGUGCAUUUCUUUCAAUGUCUUCAACAGCAGUGGUAUUGAAGUUCUUGAUGGAAAAGAAUUCUACUAACGCUCUUCAUGGGCAAGUUACCAUUGGAACUCUUAUUUUGCAGGACUGUGCAGUUGGUUUGCUGUUUGCACUGCUUCCUGUUUUAGGUGGAACUUCUGGCGUUCUUCAAGGACUAAUGUCCAUGACUAAAGUGUUGGUGGUGUUGAUUGCAUUUUUGGCUGUUCUGUCUAUAUUAUCUUGUACUUGGGUUCCAUGGUUUCUUAAAUUGAUGAUGAGCCUGUCAUCACAGACAAAUGAACUCUAUCAAUUAGCAUCGGUCGCAUUCUGCUUGCUUGUGGCCUGGAGCAGUGAUAAGCUUGGUCUAAGCCUAGAACUGGGUUCAUUUGCUGCUGGGGUGAUGAUAUCAACAACUGAUCUUGCUCAGCAUACACUAGAACAAAUUGAACCUAUUCGGAAUUUCUUUGCUGCUCUUUUCCUUGCCAGCAUUGGAAUGCUGAUCCAUGUUCAUUUUCUCUGGAGCCAUGUUGAUAUAUUACUGGCAUCUGUUAUAUUGGUCAUCAUCAUAAAAACAGCCAUAAUCACUACUGUUGUGAAGGGAUUUGGUUACAACAACAAGACAGCACUUCUUGUUGGAAUGUCUUUGGCUCAAAUAGGAGAAUUUGCUUUUGUUCUUCUUAGCCGUGCUUCUAAUCUUCAUUUAGUUGAGGGAAAACUUUACCUGCUGCUUCUUGGGACAACAGCUCUUAGCUUGGUGACGACGACUCUGCUUUUCAAGCUAAUUCCAGCUGUAAUGCAUCUAGGAGUGCUGUUACGGUGGUUCCCUCCUGACAGUGCAGUUGAGGUUGGAUCUAAAGGAGAAAUCUUCCGAUCAGACAGUGUUAAACAACGGAUUAGUGUGUUGGUCGAAGUUCCUCAUAACUCAUGAGCUCCAUACAUACAUGUCAUAAAGUGGUACGUCAAGUUUAUAUGACUAGCACUCUGCUGCAGCCUUUUUUCACCCGUGCAGAUCAAGUCUGUAUUCCUUUUGGACUGGCACAGUUUUGAGUUCAAUUUAUAUAGAAAUUAUUCUCCAUGAUUUUUUUGUUGUAUCAUAUGUUGAGUCCUGCUGGAAAUUACAGUCAUAAUUCAUAGCAACCCAUUCUUGAUGUCUUACUAAUUUGUAAAAUGGACAUGUGCAUAGUGCAUUUCCUUUUUCAAUUUUAAGAUUUUCCUGCAAUCACGUUGGAAAAAACUCAGCUCAAUGUCACGGCAUUUUACAGCCACUGUAGGACAGAUGUAUAUAUUAUGUUCAGAAUUUCUUGGACAGUAUCUCUUGAAACAUUGACCUGGCUAUGCAGAGCAAUUUCUAACCUGAAUUGUAUGAAAAACAAAAAAUUCAA